UUCCUGUGACAUUGCUAGGAGGAGGGGCGCGACUAGGAGUGUGUUAUAAAACACUUGCAUAAUUGUUAUUCGAAAUAGCUUUUUUCCCACCUGACCGUGUUCCCCUGUAAAUGACAUAAAGUCUUGCGGACGGCAAUGUACCGGCGAGCUGUGCAUUGCGCUCUUAGGAGCGCUGUCUGUCUGACAGCUUCGUCAACCCGAUCGUUGCAGAAGGCUCGGCUGCCGGGUACCUGUGAUUCCAGGCUCCUUUCGGUUUGCACAAGGCCAGAAUUGCCUUUCCAUUCACUGCCUCAUCAGUGCAGGGCUCUACAUAGCACUAACCAGCUUUUCACAGCAAAAGAAACUCCUCAAACAGCAGCAGAAGAAGAAGUGGGGGCUUUCACCAAGUUAAUAGAAGCAAUGGGCUUCACAGGACCGCUGAAAUACAACAAAUGGAAAAUUAAGAUUGCAGCUUUGCGCAUGUAUACCUGCUGCGUGGAGAGGAUUAACUAUGACGAUUUCUUUGAAAAGUUCUCCCUGCCAGACACACUGAACUCCUGGUUUCUUGUGGCACAGCUCCAUGUCUGGAUGUGCCUGGUUCGAAUGAGGCAAGAGGGCAGAGCUGGGAAGUAUCUGUGUCGCUACGUCGUGCAUUCCAUGUGGGAGGACGUGGAGCAGCGAGGCAAGAUCAUGGGGAUUGAAUCCGUUGCCCUGAAGGCGAGCAUGAGAGUAAUGACGGAGAAUUUCUACGCAGCUAUUUUCGGAUUCGAUGAGGGAGUCCUGUCACAUGACCGGGUCCUGGCCGCGGCGCUGUGGAGGAACCUGUUUAAUCGUCAAUGUGAAGACCCUCGUCAGCUGGAGCUCGCUGUGGAAUACGUUCGCAAGCAGAUGCAGUACAUGGAUUCACUUAAUGGAGAAGACCUGCUGCUCACAGGAGAAGUGAAAUGGCGCCCUCUUGUGGAAGAGAAUGCACAGAGCAUCCUGAAGCCCACAUCGCCCCAGUAUAAUGAUGCCGGUCUCUGAGCUCCCUUCAGCUGACCCGUCCUCCCCAGACUCCUCCUUCACAGAGUGGGCUGCGAUUCUGCAGCAGACGAAAGCCAAACAAACUGGCGAUGCUCUGUUAGCACUGCAGAGUUUACCAGGAAACCUUUUCUCAAAUAAAACAAACAAAACAAAAGCACUCGCGAGAUGAGCACAAAGUGGUGUAAAGAACGAGUUUAAAAAGCAUGAGGGUUAUUGGGGAUGUGUGCGUUUCACAUACUAUAUACUGUGAUAGAUGACUUGAGCCUUGUUUGUAAUGCUGUAGCUUGAUAGAGAUUUAGUGAUAGAGAUUUGAUGGAAGUGGUACUGGCAGGUGGUAAAGGGCCUGCCUUCUUCUUCUUCGUUGAGGAAGGUGUGCAGUACAAUAAAGACAUAUCGUACUUCA